GAUGGGAAACGUUUGGGAACAGUGAUAAGAAAGGAAAACGAACAUUCGGGGUUGUAUUUCAUGCCUGCCAAAUACUGUUUGGGUAACACUUGGGAUUGUCUCUCACGCUUCACUAUUCCAAAAGCAAGACAAGACAUUUUCCUCACUCUGUAACCACUCGCGAAAGGGGAAUACUGCUGAUCAUGUAAGCAAAGCACAUUUUGUGGGAUUACUGUGGGAAAGGAAGACAUCUUUCUGCAAUGUAGGUGGGAAAUGAAAUACUGAGGAAAAAGCUGAAUUACUGGCCAACUACUUGUUACUUUCUAUAGAAUCUUUUUCAGAAAAAAGCAAUUCUGGCCACUCUUGGAAUGGGAUUCUGUUUUGGUACGAAUAAGUCUAGUCUGCAUCAAAAUGAAAACCAAAGCUGGAAGUUUGCCAUUAGAUGCACUCAGAGAAGUGAAACAUAAAUACGCUGGUGAUAGGGAAGUGCAGUAACGAUGCUGCUUGCCUGCUGAUGCCAUGAAAACGUAAUUAGUUAACAUGCUAUAUAUUUUUAUUUUUUUAGCUUUAGAAUCACCUAGGACACCCCAGACCACACAGAGAGCUGGAGAAACUGAUUGCGUUACUUUCCUAUGCAGUACCGUGACAGCUCUGACAGUCACUGCUGUGGCUUAUGAUGUCAAAAAUGAGUUUUUCCUACACUGCCUUAAACCUAGUUUCUUACUAGAGGGGAAAGAGACAGAGUGCGUGUUUGUGUUUACGCGUUGGAGACAUUCUAUUUUUUGAUGUGCCCUCACACUUCCUAAAAAUGCACGCACAGUCGCACACAUGCACACACUGACAGUGUAAAGCUAUAAUUGAAAAUCUAUAGGAGCAGAGGAAAAAUCUCCACUAUUUGUCACUCUUCCCCUCCCCCACAUCACAGUACUUCGCCUCCUCACAGCAACCAUCAGUAACAAACAGGCAGCGUUCCCAAAGAGAGCAUCCCUUGAAGAUAAAGAUAGGGGGGACGCUACAGAAACACUGAAGAAUCCACGGUACUCCAAGCAAUGGACUUUACUUCUGUUAAGGAAAACACGGCAUCGCCUUGCCAGGCUAGACAAGGCACCGUUCCUCCAUAAAACAAUAUCUGAAUGUCGAACUUGCAACCGAAGAAGAAGGUGUGUCAUUUUUAAUUCUGCCCGGUAGGUGGGACUUGCUUGCACCGCAACCAUCAACAGUCAAGACUUUUUUGUAUUUCCGUCUUCUGGCUGCAUUUGUAGUCUAUCCAAGUUGGCCUCUUUUCCGUUAGUUGCUGAAACACAAGCAUCCACUAUUCAAGGAAACAUCGAUCUAAGGACGGAGAGAAAAUUUGUAGUGGGAAGCAUGCUUUUCUACCUAGGAGCUGUGUAGGUGGGAACCUGCUGUGGCAAUGUGGAUCUGCAAGAUGGUUUACACUCAAUCAGCUGGAAUAUCUUACAUCUGAGUAUAAGCCUUUAAAGAAAAAUAAAACGAUAUAUAUAUACAUAUUUAUUUAUACAUACAUAUUCUGGUGGACGGUUGCCAUUUUCAAUUGGAUCCCUUUCUUACUCUCUGAUCCCCAAACCUUGUGUGCCUAUAUGAGUGCAUGCGCUUAGCUGGAAAUGGAGCUGCCUGUCUCCCCGAGUUGUCUGAGACGCUAUGGGUCUUGGUGGAAAAGGCUUGCUUGUUGCUUUCUGGGGGUCUUUCUGCUUCUGGACUCGAUGGGCCAUUCCUAUGUGGUGGCUUGCCCUGCAGCCUGCGCGUGUACCCCAACUGAAAUUGUUUGCAACAAGCCCGACGACAGCAACCCGCUUUUCCCUUUACUGGAGGUGCAGGACACCGGUUCAGGGAGUACCAGUAACAACAGCCAGCAGCUAAUAACUGACAUGUCCAGGAACAUCACGUCUAUACACAUCGAGAACUGGAGAGGUCUUCAUACCUUGAACGCAGUUGUGAUGGAGCUUUACACAGGGCUACAGACACUAAAAAUUGUGAACUCGGGGCUGCGUAUCAUUCUACCAAGAGCCUUUGCCAAAAACCUAGAUCUACGAUACAUAAACCUCUCGGGCAACAGGUUCACAGCACUCUCAUGGCAACUGUUUCAGAACUUAAGAUUAGCAGAGCUGACACUAGAAAAUAAUCCUUUCAACUGCAGCUGUGAAAUCCGCUGGAUCCAACUUUGGCAAGCAAGAGGAGAGGCUGGUCUGGAAAACCAACAGUUAAACUGCACUACACCUGAAUCUAAAACCAUCCAACUGGCAGCCAUGAACAUUUCACAGUGUGGUGUUCCUGCAAUAACUGUGAGUCACAGCAACCUUACAGUGAGGGAGGGUGAAAAUGCAACUCUGACAUGCAAUGGCUCGGGCUCUCCACUGCCUGACGUGGACUGGAUUGUGACAGGACUGCAGUCCAUCAAUACUCAUCAGGCUAAUCUAAACUGGAGGAAUGUUCACUCUCUUAACUUGACUCUAGUGAAUGUAAGUGGUGAAGACAAUGGGUUUGUUCUUACCUGCAUCGCUGAAAAUGUUGUUGGGAUGACAAAUACCUCUGUGCUACUUACAGUUUACCAUGCACCAAGAAUUGUAAAGCUGGAAGAUCCUGAACAGCGCCAUGAACAUUGCAUCCUGUUUAGGAUCAAGGGUUAUCCUGUGCCCACCUUAACCUGGUUGCAUAAUGGCAAAAAACUGGUAGAAACAGACAUCGUUCAUACUGACAAGGAAUACUUUGGCGACAUCUCAGAGGGCUGUCUGCUCUUCAACAAGCCGACUCACUUCAACAAUGGCAACUACACGCUAAUUAUCGAAAAUUCAUUAGGUGUGGCCAGGGAAACUGUAUAUGCACAUUUUUUGAAAGCACCCUUUCCAGAUCCAGAACCACCUUAUGUUACAGUGGAUUAUGAUACAAGCCCUACUACUCCGGUCAGUGUGACUGACAAACAUGAAGAGGACACAUUUGGGGUUUCCAUCGCUGUUGGUCUUGCGGCCUUUGCCUGUGUCCUUUUGGUGGUGCUUUUCAUUGUUAUUAACAAAUAUGGUAGACGCUCCAAGUUUGGCAUGAAUGGACCAGUGGCUGUGAUUAGUGGAGAAGAGGAUUCUGCUAGUCCCCUUCAUCAUAUUAACCAUGGAAUUACUGCUCCUUCAUCUAUGGAUGUUGGUCCAGAUACAGUUGUUAUUGGCAUGACUCGGAUACCAGUUAUAGAAAACCCUCAGUAUUUCCGACAUGGACACAGCUACAGCAAAGGUGAUACUUGUGUGCAGCAUAUUAAAAGAAGAGACAUCGUCUUGAAGAGGGAGCUUGGAGAAGGUGCCUUUGGGAAAGUAUUUCUUGCAGAGUGUUAUAACCUCAGUCCCACCAAAGAAAAGAUGCUGGUGGCCAUAAAGACUCUGAAGGAGCCUAGUGUCUUGGCCCGCAAAGACUUCCAAAGAGAAGCUGAACUUUUGACAAACCUACAACAUGAACACAUUGUGAAGUUUUAUGGGGUUUGUGUGGAUGGAGACCCUCUAAUUAUGGUAUUUGAGUACAUGAAGCAUGGAGACCUUAAUAAAUUUUUAAGGGCUCUUGGUCCAGAUGCCAUGAUUCUUGUAGAUGGGCAGCCAAGGCAACCAAGAGGGGAACUGGGGCUUUCACAGAUGCUACACAUUGCCACACAGAUUGCAUCAGGAAUGGCGUACCUUGCUUCGCAGCAUUUUGUCCACAGAGACUUGGCAACAAGGAACUGUCUGGUGGGAGCAAAUCUGCUAGUGAAGAUUGGGGAUUUUGGGAUGUCAAGAGAUAUAUACAGCACAGACUACUACAGGACGCCAACCUAUCAAGUUGGGGGUCACACUAUGCUUCCCAUUCGUUGGAUGCCUCCCGAAAGCAUCAUGUACCGGAAGUUCACCACAGAGAGUGAUAUCUGGAGUUUUGGUGUUAUCCUCUGGGAGAUCUUCACUUAUGGAAAACAGCCAUGGUUCCAGCUCUCUAACACAGAGGUAAUUGAAUGCAUUACCCAAGGCCGUGUUCUGGAACGACCAAGGAUUUGUCCCAAGGAGCUCUAUGACAUCAUGUUGGGCUGUUGGCAAAGAGAACCUCAGCAGAGGCUAAACAUCAAAGAAAUAUACAAGUUACUGCACACCUUGGGCAAGACCUCACCUGUUUACCUGGAUAUCCUUGGAUGAUUGAGUUUAUUGCCCUUCCAAAAAGUAAAAAGAUUUUCCUUAAUCCCUCAGUAAACAGCUUCAUAUAAGAAUGAACUCAAGUGCCUGCUGUACCCACAAUACUAAAACAACCUAUAAAUCAAACUGGAUUUAUUGUUUUAUUUUACUUUCUUUUUCCAAACCUGCACAUAACUACAGAAACUGGUAGUAUGGAAGUAUCAUUUUUAUGGAAGAGAAUGGAAGUGAAAUUUUAAAGAGCUACUUGGACAACUUGCUUGCCAAGAACUGGAUUUGGUAUAUUUUUUCUUUGCUCUUUAUUUUUUAUUUUAUUUACUAUUUAGGGAGUUGUUGAACUUUUCUUCAUGACUACAAAGACAAGCCUGAGGAUGGAGACAUGGGAAAUGUACUGCUUAAGGAAAGACAUGUACUACCUAAAAUUUCCCCCUUUCAGAUGGGCAUUUAGUUGGAUGUGGCUACAUCCUCUUGAAAGUACAUCACUGGACAUUGUCUUAGUGUACUUUGCAGCCACUUAUAUAUUGCUUGAUUAAGUGACUGGAUUGCUUUAUUAAGAGACAGACACAUGUCUUGAUAAAGGCAGGAAACUUGCAGUCUGUGUUACUUGUAACACUACUGAAUAACAUAUUCAUCAGUUUUUAGUAGUAAUGCUGGAACAGCUGGAGAGUAAAAUGAAAGUGAUUGUUUAAAAUGCAAUGUUUGAAGAUAGGUGAAAGAUCUCACUGAGAAAGAAGACCCCCCCCCCACCCACCCACA